GUUUUUCUUUGUGCACGAGGAAGACGGUCUGUUUGGUGCAGCAGACCGGACCAGAGGAUGAUGGCGGGGUCCAAGGUGAAGCAGGACAUGCCUCCACCGGGAGGAUAUGCUCCCUUUGACUACAAGAGAAAUUUACCCAAACGUGGACUUUCAGGAUAUAGCAUGUUUGGUAUUGGGAUUGGCAUUAUGAUAUUUGGCUACUGGAGGCUUUUUAAGUGGAACAGGGAAAGAAGACGUUUGCAGAUAGAGGAAUUGGAAGCACGAAUUGCUUUAAUGCCUCUUCUACAAGCGGAACAUGACCGCAGGACUUUACAGAAGCUACGGGAGAACCUUGAGGAAGAAGCUAUUCUCAUGAAGGAUGUUCCAGGUUGGAAGGUUGGCGAAAGUGUGUUCCACACAGACCGCUGGGUCACCCCUCUGCCAGAUGAAUUGUUCAACCUGCGACCUAGAGAAGAGCUUUUGCACAACCGUUUUGGCUUCUCGUGGUAUGUGUAGUACCUCAAGGACUCCUCACAGACCCAGUGCAACUUUCCUGUUCAUGUUGUAAAUGUCAAAUAUUAAAGUAUACAUUUUCUGUACCUAAAUCUUGACAUUGUUUUAUUAACUGUUAACUUGUAUUUGUAGUUUUAUAGACACUCUGGACUUUGAGUUAAUGCACAAUUGGGACUAGUAAACAGUUUUCUUGGAGAUAUCACAUAGCGUCUUCAAUGGUUAAUGAUUCAGUUGCACUGCCCCAAUCCUCCAUUUGAGAAAUGGGAAUAAGCAGCCGUUUGUUUAGAGAAUUACAAUCCUAAUAACACUGCAGUGUUUAAACUUUGUAAACUGGCUUUUCAGUGCAUUUUCUAAACUCUGGUGUAGCCUUGAACUGCAAAACCACAAGCUACACAUUGAAUGCCCUCUGCAUCCUGUGAACAUAGGCCUUUUAGCUGAAUGUAACCUGUUGAAGCGCCUCGAUUCAGUGUCAUGACUCCUCCAAAUUUGCUCAAAGUACUGUCAUCUACUGUGCAGCAUUAAAUAAAAAACUUUGUA